UUUGCAGUGUCUGCUGGGAAUCUGAGGCCAGACUGAGCGACCGCCCUUUUUAGACGAACGAGAGAAGAGCAACGUUGCAAGUGUCGGGAAAGACUUAUACGCAAAAACAACUGAAUAAAGCAGCAGAACGUAACUUGAGGUGAGGGGCUGAGCCAUGGCAGAUGAGGAGUGUGGUAGUCAGUUCCCAGACCAUUAUAAAGUCAUGCUGGACAAACUGAAUGAACAGAGACAGCUGGACCAGUUCACAGACAUCACUCUCAUAGUGGACGGACACCAGUUCAGGGCCCAUAAGGCAGUGUUAGCAGCGUGCAGUCAGUUCUUCCACAAGUUCUUCCAGGACUUCACACAGGAGCCACUAGUGGAGAUUGAAGGAGUGAGUAACUCAGCUUUCCGCCAGCUGAUGGAAUUUACGUACACGGCUACGCUGGUUGUCAGUGGGCCAGAGGAGGUCAACGACGUGUGGAAGGCAGCAGAGUACCUUCAGAUGCAGGAGGCCAUCAAGGCCCUCAACAACAGGAUGGGUGAUGGCACCCUCUUCCAGCUAUCCCAGGCUCUGGCGGCGGGGAAUAGCAAGGCCAAGAAGAGGAAAAUAUCUGAGACUCUUCCCUCAGUGGAGGGGGAGCAGGUGGAGAUUGAGGUGGAGAUCGGGGAGGGUACCAUUGAGGUGGAGGAGACGGAGGUGGUGGACGCUGCUCGGAACACCCUGGCAGUCUCGGAUGACUCUGCUCUGGCUCUGCUUGCUGACAUUACCAGCAAGUACCAGCAGGGGGGGCUAACGCUGCAUGUCCUGAAGAAGGAAGGACUGGAGGAGGAGAUGGUGUAUCAGGAGGAGACGGUGACACCUCUCAAGACUCUCGAGAGUCUGGAGAUGGUCGAGGUCCAGAUCUCUCAGCUGGACAACAUGUUCCGCUGCAACAAAUGUGACCGCAGUUUCCGCCUCUACUAUCACCUUAAACAGCACAUGCGUGCGCACAUGGCCGCGCUGGACAAGCCUCAUGCGUGUUGCCACUGCGGGAAGGCGUACACGCGGGAGGGGGCGCUUAAACAGCACCUGAACACGUUACAUUACGAGGCGGAGGAGCUGUCGCGCAGCCAGUCCCAGAAGAAGAAGACACACGUGUGCGAGUACUGUGACAAGCAGUUUGACCACUUUGGACACUUCAAGGAGCACUUACGAAAGCACACUGGUGAGAAACCGUUUGCGUGUCCAGACUGCCAUGAGCGCUUUGCCAGGAACAGCACAUUGAAAUGUCACAUGGCUGCCUGUCAGAAUGGCGCAGGGGCCAAGAAGGGACGCAAGAAACUCUACGAAUGUCAGGUGUGCAGCAGUGUGUUCAACAGCUGGGAGCUGUUUAAAGACCACCUGACGACACACACGGGAGAAAAGCCUAACCACUGCACCAUGUGUGACCUCUGGUUCACCCAGCCCGACGACCUCCGCCGACAUCUCCGCCGACAUCUCAGCGACCUGCACGGCGUCACAGACGACAAGCUGAUAACCCAGGAACUGGUCAUUGCCACCGCCGCCGUGGCAACGCAAGAGGAAGGGGCCGGGGAGGAGAAGGGAGGCAAGAGGGAGACCCUUCUACUAGAGGACGGGAGAAGCGUGGAGCAUGUUACCGUGGAGCCCGUAGGUGUGGUAGCAUUGGCGGAAACAGCCAUGUUGGUGGAUGGGGAGGUGACCGAGAUGUGUGAGGAGGACAUAGAGAGACUGAAGGAAGCGGGUGUUGAGAUCCGGGUGGUGCAGGUGUCAGCAGAGGGACAGGUGAACUCUGAGAUCCAGGUGGAGGGGAGCGAGGUGGAGGUGGAGGAGGAUUCGCAACCGGCUAUUGCUGUAUGAAGCAGGAGCGGGGCGACAUCUCAAAUCAUACCCUAUUCCCCAUAAAUACACUACCUUGGCUCUGGCUAGAAGUAGUGCACUGUAUGGGGAAUAGGGUUUUAUUUUAGAUGUGCCCGCUGAUUUUUGUCAAACUGGAAAAGCUCCCCCUUACCCCCUUCACCCUAUGAAAUAAUAGGGUAACGGAGAAACGAGGAUUGGAAGUUACUCAUAUUUCUAGAGGGUAUUUAUUUGGAGCCUGAUGUCAUGGCUCUGUCUUCCUCUGUCUGGCAGAGCGAGACCGGCUGAAUGCCUUCACAAUGAACCCGUUCAAGGUUUCGUUUCAAUCUUUUUUGUUGUUGCUUUCUUUUGUUUUUUACACUUUAGGAUGUACAUUUGAGAUGAUCAAUAUUAAUUUGCUAAGACAAUAUGCCAUCCAUAAAGAUACCUAUUCAUUUCUAUGGUGUCACCAGCAAACACCAUUUAUUGAUUGGGAUGCACCGUGUGUUAUACUGUCAAACGGCUGCAGACAUAUUGCUGAUAUGCCUCACUGACGCCACACAUUUCCCAGUUUGAACCCAUCUGAAGCACAGAUCUGUUUGUCGAAAAAUAAUUCAGAGCUUGACUAAAGAAAGAGCAUGUUUGUAAUGGUGUCCAGCCCCUAACUGAUAAAAAUAGCUUUAUUUUCUUAACCUUUUAAUCAGUUUGUUUAGCAGAAUAAUAGCUGUUAGCGUGCGUACGUUUGCCCCCCCUCCCCCGCAAAUUCCCUGCUUGACUUCCUAUCUACCUCUUCCUACUUCCUGUUCUGACUGCAGCCCACUAAACACUGGGUUUUAUGUAUGACACUGUUACAGCAUGAUACUCCUCAGAAACAGAAGUAAGAAAGUAUUAAGUGAAAACGUUUUGUUUGUUUUUAUUUGACACAUGUUCAUAGUUGUAUUGUUUUAUUUGUACAGAGCAAUAAAGAAGUGAUGUAAUCAAUACAUUUGGAAUUCUCAAAAUGUUUCUACACCAGUAUUUCUUACAAUGCUUUCAAACGUGCCUUUCUGAGAUGUGGAAGGACUGAAGAUUAGAUGAUUAGCUUACUAAACAUGAAGAAUGAACCCCCAAAAAAAUGUAUGUAUGCUUGUAAAUAUAAAUGUGGCUGAUGUAAA